GCUAUCAGUCGAACUCUAUCCGUGUUCGCGCGCGGUCAACUCGCUCUCGACCGACAACGAGAAGCGUGAAAUCCGUUAUCACUACGACGACGACGACGGCGGGAGAAGGUUCCAAACGGCUUGUAAUCGGGUAUUUUCAUGCGUGAGCAAGUUUUGUUUAAUAAUGGUGCCGGUGGGUGGCCCACAUUUGGAUCGGUGGAUUUGGUGGAUGUCCUUCGCCAUAAUCCUACCAACUUUGACAGCAGAGCUACCGAUGAGUUUGAAGAACUUAGCCGUCGAAAACGUAGAAAUAACAGAAUGCUCCGACUCGGCGAGAGCGCACGUUUCCAGCAAAUCACGCUGUUCCUUCGAGCAGAAUGGGAAAACUGUCUGCGUCCGCGGAUUAGACAGUCGGAUGAAUCUGCAUAACCGUGAAUUGUUCGAUCAAACGACGGAACUAAUACUGUGCCAGUGGCCUUCAGUUAGUUUCGACCCCCGAGAGCUUCUAUCUUUGGUACCUAACGUGGAAAAGUUUGCAAUUACCGGUCCGAUUCUGUGGAAACUGAAGAACGAUUUUCCUGCCCUACCAAAUCUACGAGCGAUCAACAUUACCGGAACAAAGCUGAAUUUCACAAAAGCCAGUAUUUUCCAGCAGCUGCCAGCUUUGCGACUAGUCAACAUGCGGGGAAAUGCCCUGGUACAAAUUGUUCCGUAUCAGCUUCAAAAUAAACACGUUGAGAUUUAUUUGCAAGGUAACCCAUGGAACUGCACGAACGACAUGAUUUGGCUUCUGGAAGAGCAGAGUGGGUUCUACACGGACAAGUCUUCUCUGGUCUGCAAGGAUUGGAAAUACACCGGGCGACCGGUGACCACAGCCAUGGAAUACAAACGGGUCCUUCGGGAACAUUGUCGUAACGAAGAAAUCCAAAACUGUACCUGCAGGAUAUCCUAUCUUCGACUGUGCGACAACGGAAAAUCAUUCCAUCCAUUGGUAACGGUCAACUGCACCGGCAAAGAUUUCUACAGACUUCCUUACUAUCUGCCACCAAAUACAACUGUCCUGCAUAUGUCGAAUAAUUACAUUAGUGAUGUGCAGCAGUUGACCACUGACGAUUCCUAUAAUCAGGUUCAGGACAUCUAUUUGGACAAUAACAAAAUUACUUCAAUAGACAUUCUAGAGGACAGCAUUUGGCUGGAUAGUUUCCGUAUCUUUAGCCUCCGUGGAAACAGAAUCAAUCGGAUUCGAGUGUACAGUUUGGAACACGCUCUGGAGCGAAAUGCUCACGUUGGUCAGCUGUACCUGGCCAACAAUCCCUGGCGUUGCGGCUGUCGAUUCGCCACACGAAUGCAAGAGUUCCUUCGAAAGCACGAGUCCGUAGUGGUGGAUUCACGAAACAUAUCCUGCUACAUACUGGACGAUGAAGGCCGCAUGUCUUAUCUCCCGGUGAUGACGCUCACCCCAAAUGACGUGUGCCGAAAAUCGGAACAUAACGAAGCUGCCGUUUACGACAUACUGAGCAUAGUUUUUGCAUCGCUGAUAGUGCUCAUCAUGGUUAAACUGGCGUACGACUACUAUAUCUACCGAAAGUAUGGAAAACUACCGUGGCUAAUAAUGAAAAUGCCAUAAGCCACUUUAAGUAAAAUUCUUCAGAUGUGAUAUGCCGUAAUGCAAUACGUGAUGCUCGAUCGCGCUUAGCAAGUAAUUCGAUAAGGUUAAUACUUUAAAAGAAAACUGGCUUUUCAAAUAACAAUUUCGAUAUAACAAAAA